GGAUUUAGCCACAGGGCUAUUUUUCCGAGACAUUGAGCCAGCAGACGGAGCAGGAUGUCGAUAAAUGCUCACUCAAACAUUUUGAUGAAAAUUAAAAAGAAGAGGUUUUACACCCAGGUGAGGGCUGAGCUUCUGCAGUGCUGUCUGACCCUGAUGUGCUCAUGGUUUCGCUGCAGCCAGCUGGUGAAUGGUGAGGUGAGCUGCUUCCAUUCAGUCUGUGGUGCUGGUGUUAUCCUGAAAUGUGUUGAUUGUUGCAGACUUGCAAUCACUAUUAGGCUUGCUUGCUUACUUGCUAUUAUCAUGUGGCCUGAAACUGCUGUACUUUUUCCCUGCCAUCUCUUGUUGCAUGUCUGGCAAUACGUUUCAUGUUUUCAUCACCUUAAGAAAUACUUCAGAACAGUGAAAGUAAUUAUGGUGAUCAACUUUUAACCCUAAGCCUGGUGAAGUAAGGCUACACUUUUACUGUAUAUAUGAUGACUGGCUCUUUGCUAUGUAUCUGUUGACUUUUCAGUUCAGAGAAGUCAUGUCAUUUCAAGAAAAAGGACAAUAAGGACUAUACAGUCACCAAGGUUCCUUGUUUGCUAACCAGUUGGCUACUACCCUUGAAUCUCCCUUUUCACUUCCUUAAACGGUCGCUCUUGAUUUGAGAUCAUGAUUGAUUGGAACCGAAACCAUUCUGUCUCGACACCGAAACACUUUGGAACGGAAAUUGGAGUGCUAGUAAUGCUACAGCCAUGAAGUAAAAAGGGCAUCACCACUAAAACAGUCAACAAAGCUCUUAGUUUGUUAACCUGUUGACUUCUACCCUAUUAAGUCUACAUUCUUCCGCCCUUAUUUUGAGGUAAAUCUUGCGCCUCUUAUCCAUAGGCUGAAUCCAUUGGUGGAAACUGAAUAGAGAUCAUUGACGACUGACUGGCGUGUUGUCAUCAGCAAUACUGCUCACAUGGUGCCAUCCUUCCGUUGCCCCGAGCGGUGGUGCCUGCUCCAGCUACGCGGCCAGCAGAAUUCGACUUCGACUACUCAACCGACGGCCUAGUGGGUCAACUCCCCCUUCACUGACUACUCCUUCCCUUGUUCUCAAGUCUCAACACAUCACGGAGUCUCUUGAGGACGACGAGUUCAUUAUAUUGAUCGGGAUUUGUUCUAAAUUUACAGGUUUCUAAAUCUGUAUGACUAACUUCACGAGAAGUAAUGUCUUUUCAAGAAAGUCAACAAGGUCCCUUUUGUUUGCUAUCCCAAAGGCUGCUACCCUUGAAUCAUUUUCUUCACUUCCUUAAACAGGCCCUCUUGAUUUGAGGUGCUAUUAGGUCCAUGCUACUUGUCAUGAACUUCAGUACUUCAUCACCCACUGGUGAAAAUCAACGAGAGAAUGCAACACCAACUGCCAAGCAUGCAAACACCGACUUUCAUAUACCAACGAUCAAAUAAGUUAGUACAAUUUUAAUAGCAGUUCCCUUUCUCCUCGCCAAUUAGCAAUCAGCUCAGCUUGUUGACAGAUCACAAUUCGACAACAAGGAAAGAAAGACACUUUUUAAAAAGAGUUGAAUCCGCACGUUAUUGAAUCAAAUUUCGCUAGUAUCAAGAACUUUUAGUAAUUCGCCGUUUCAAAUUGUUUGAUUAUCUAACCUACCUCCUAAAAAUGUCGAAAGAUUACAUAUCAACCUUAUGAUGAUUGACCUUAUGAUGAGGCAAGAAGAACAUGGUCUAGAAGAACAAUCUUGUUUUUCCAAUUUUUAAAUAUCUGUUAUGCAUCCUUCUGUGAAGAUUGGCAUCAUGGAAACUUCAUAGAUAUUACUGAGGAAGAAUCCCGCUUCAUAAAAAAGUUCUUCUGCCCCUUUAACAAUCAAUUACAAACAAAAGAAAUUAGAAUAGGCAGGAAAGGAAGAGGCAGCAAAGAAAGGAAAAAAAAAAGACAGGAAAAGAAGGAAUCUACUCCACAAUAUCCCCAUUGUGGUGAAUGUAUCGCUUGUUAUAGAGUAGAUAACUAACAAGUGUGACGCCUGCGAACGAAAAUCUCGUCAUCAAUGCAAAUAUCGAGUCUGUCUCACCUUCGCCCCAAAUAAGAAAGUCAAGAUAAAAUCUGAAGAUCCUGUGGUAAAACCUGUCCUGAAAGAAGCAAACUAUUCCGACGAUGACGUCUGGGAGCCAAGUCUUCGGAAAGAGAAACCUCCUGUUCCAGCCCCUAAACCAUCUCGACAUUCAACCAAUAAAAAGGAAAAAACAAAGGGAAGAUACCGUUCCUCUGCGACUACUGGGGAACAUUGCCGCAGAAAGAGAAUUACUUCGUCGACAGAUUCUGGAGGUGAAAGCGAAGUUGAAAAAUCUCCGGCCCGGAAUAAACAAAAGAUUAUCCACUGUUAUGGUCCCCCAACGCUUCCCGACCUGGAAGUAAAUAUUGCAGUGACCAAUGUGGUCUCAAAUUGGCAACUACUCGUAUUUAUCAGAUUUUGCCUCAACGCAUUCAAGAGUGGGGCUUAACACCUUGUAUAGCCGAAGAGAAGAACAAGAAAGAGUUGGAACAAAUUCGUAAACAGCAAACCGAUGCCCGUGAAGCUUUGGAAGAACUAGAUCUCAAACAAAAGGAAUUAGACGUAAUAACAGCAAAAGCGAAACAAUUUACAGUAGACUUAAACUCUGACGAUGAAGCAGAUGAAGAUGAAGAAACCAUAUCAUCGCUGACUUUGACGAGCUGCUGGGCGAGGAGCGAUUCCGUUCGGUCGACAAGAUCAAGACGGUCGGCUCGACUUACAUGGCCGCCGUCGGGCUGAUGCCGGACAUGCGGAUCGGCCAAGUGGAGACGGACGCCAACGUGACGGCCUCCUUCUACCUGGCCACCCUGGUGGAAUUCGUGUUCGCCAUGAAGGAGAAGCUGCUCUGCAUCAACGAGAACUCGUACAACAAUUUCACGCUCAGGGUGGGCAUGAACAUUGGGCCGGUCGUGGCCGGCGUCAUUGGCGCCCGCAAACCACAGUACGACAUUUGGGGCAACACGGUCAACGUUGCCAGUCGCAUGGAUUCCACCGGAUUGCCCAACCACACUCAGGUGACGGAGGAAGUGUAUCAAGUGCUGAGGCACCAGCCGUACGAGUUCCAGUGCCGUGGGCGGGUCAAAGUCAAGGGCAAAGGCGAGAUGACGACCUACUUCCUGACGGACCGCAAGCAGCCGGCCACCGUCCGGGUGGACGACAUCGCCAUGAUGAUGAUGAAGCAGCCCAGUCACCACAACAACUCGAAUCUCAUGGCCUCCAUGUACGGCGGAGUCAUUACGCCGCUGGCCCUGGUCCACCAGCAGAUCCGCCAGCAGAAUCACCAGCAGCAAAUGGUUGGCGGGCCGCUGGUCCAGCUGAGACCGGUCGGCCGGAGCAACAGCGGCGGAAGCGGCAGCCGGGGCAGGCGCAGUCCCAUGCACGACGCCCUCCACCCGAGAUUCCAUCCGCUCUCGGAAGAGAUGAUGGCCCCGCCGCUGAUUCCGCCACCUCCGCCCACUUCCGCCUACCACCAAGUUCCUCGUUUCACCAAGAAUCCUUACCUGCAGCAGUUGCAACAACAACAGCCGCCGGUCAUCAUUCCCAACAGCAUCCAGCCCAAUCCACCGGUGCCUCGGCACAGCAGCACUCCGCCGCGCAGCAACGGCCGCGUCCACCACCACCAGCAACAACAACAACAACAGCAGCAGCAGCAGCAGCAGAUGCAACAUCAGCCAACGCCGCCGUUGUUGCAGCAGCAGCAACAACAACUGCAGAAUCUCAGCCCCAUCCGGAGUUGUUCGGAAACGGAAAGCGGAUCGCCUCUGGGCAUGGGUCUCUCGGUCAGGACGGUGACGGCUGGUCCGAUCCAGCUGCAGAAAUCGCCCAGCGCCCCACCGCUCAAGAGGCAGCACCAGCACGGAAGCGGCGGCGGCGGUGGUGGUCAAAAUUCCGGAAUUCCGGGCCGACCGGCUUUCGAAUUUCCGGCGCCUCCACCACCUCCUCCGCACGGCACUUCGUCUGCGGGCAGCAGUGGGCGAGCCAUGGGCCGCAACUUCCGCCACCGGUCGGACGAGAGUCUGUCCGGAAUCGGUUCGUCGAUGAGGGGCGAGGCCUAUUCGACGCGAAUCCACUCGUCGGCGGAUGACGUCAGCUCGGCCAACCGGAGCGAGCGAAGUGAGAGCGAGACGGAGGACAGCUCGUCGGACGAGAGUUACACCAAGACGGAAGCGGAAGUCGACCCGGACAGUCCCGGAACGUCACCCAAUUUCCGUAUUCCGUCGCUCCUGCCGCUCAGCCUGGACAUCGAAAAGGCCUGGUCUCGCAUGAACGCCGAAUUCACGGCCAACGGGCACCGGCCCGAAGUGGUGGCCCAAUCGACGCCCUCUAGGAUGCCGACGGCCGGCAUGGCUUCCGCCGCAUCGACGACGGAAGCGAUCGAACUCAAAGAUUUGCAUUUGCUGAAAGUGCCGACGCCCAAAUUGACGACGGCCGGAAGCAGCAGCCGCUCGAUGAAGUCGGGGACCACUGCCGCCGAUUCCGACAUCAUGGCCGAGUCUUGCGUGGCGGAAUCUUGCGCCAGUUUCGAGUUUGUCGACGACGACGAUGAGCCGGAAGGCCGGGUGGAUGACGACGACGACGACGAGGAAGAAGGAGAGGAAGGAGAGACGACGGAACAGGAGCAACAGCAGCGCUCGCAACCUCCUUCGCCGCCCAAGUUGCUGGUCAUCAGCUCGGACGGAACCAAGUCGAGUUCGGCCGUCUGCAGUCCCAGCAGCACGUCGGAGAUUGGCAGCGUUUUCGGGCUCCGCUUCGAUCCGCAGGAGAACAAGAUGACCCUGCAGCUGACGGCCACGGCCGGCGAAACGGUUCGAUCGCCUCAGGGCGGCUCGGAACUGACGGAAUCGUCCAAACUGACGCCCAGCCGGUUCCCGCUGGAUCUGGGCAGCCCGACGCGGUCGGAUGGCGGCGGCGGCGGCCUCUUCCCUAGUCUCAAAAGCCAGGCCAAGAAAAGUGAAUACGAGAACGCGACGGACGACGAGCGGAAGCGGGAAGAAGUGGCCGAGGCUGUGGACGUCAGGCGGGAGCAGGAGCAAGUGCGCCAGAUCCUGGCCAGCGCGGCGGCCCUUCAGGCGGAGACGAGCCAGUCGGAGUGGAGCGAAGACGACGACGACGAUCUGUCGGACGACGACAGCAACGAAGACGGCCAGGACCAGGAUUGCCCGCAGGGACCUCUGCUGGGCUCCAACAACCAACACCCGUCGCUGGGCAACGGCAGGAAACUCUGCCACAACCGGCGGCGCAAAUUCCAUUUCGGCCUGGCCAGCGACGUGGAGUCGACGGGCUACACGACGGACGACGCCGGCAUGGAGAACCUCUCGGUGUUCAACGACGCCGGACUCACCGACGCCGAAGGGGCCCUGAGUGACAUCAAUUCACUAUUGAACGACGAAAUUCCCGUCGGCGAUUUCGACAUGGCCGACGACACGAGUCUCAGCUCCCGCGCUUCCUCCCGCUUCUUCGAUUCCGAACCCAUCCUCAAUUUGGAGACGUACACCAACAAUCCAUCCGCUUCCGGAAUCGGCUCAAAUAAGAUGACGAGCAGCAUGUUGUACGAUUCCGAGUACGACAACUACGGUCCGAGUUCCUUGGCGUCGGACGACCUGUACGACGACGCGUCGUUGGACGUCGCGGCCAGCAAGCAGCUGAUUGGCGGAGAAGACAAAAUCCGCCGCGUUUCACAGCACAUAACCCGCAGCUUCGGGCAGCCCAGUCAGCGCAAUCUCAGCACUAGCAGCGACAGCGAAGACGCCUGAAGGACGUCAAAAAUAGAAGAAGAAGAAGAAGAAAUUGGAAUUCAUUCUAACCUUCAACAUACCUUCCGGCAUCCGCGCUCUCCCACUCAAAACUGCUAAUGAAUGAUCAUCCUUUAUUCAUUAAUUUCACCUUGGAUAUUUUCUAACGGCUCGUUUUCUUUUCUCUCUCUUCUCUUUGAUUGUGUUGAAUGUUUCAAAAUGAUUGAAAGCAAAGAAAUUCUCUUCGCAGCUUUACGAAGUUUGUAAAGUUACACCGCCACACACAGACUUGCCCUACCUGGGCAUUUAUUAUUAUAGCACGUCCGUUUUUUUUUGGUUUUCUCUUUGGAAUUUACUGUGAUUCAGUUGAUAUACCCAAGCCUCUUUACUAAGAAUCUUUAAACUAGAACUGUUUUCUGUCUUGAUUAUUAAUUGAAUUCAAACUGCUGGUCUUUUUGCAUAAAUUAUCUUUCUUUUUUCUAUCUCUCUCGAAUCGCCGCUCUGCAUGGCUCUUCCUAUUUUUUGGCAUUUGCUCUCCCGCUCAUCAUAUCUCUCGCUCGUUCGUCAUUGGCUUUUUUUUUGUUUGUUUGACAGUUUUUUUUUUUGUGUUUGGUCUCGCCGAUAUUACCAACGUGUUUUUGUUUUCGUGUGUGUGUUUCGAUUGAUUAUUUUUCGUUCAGUGGACAGAAAAUGGUGUGCCUUUAUCUCUUCAAUUCAAUUGUGAAUGUCGUCGGUUACUAUACGCUGAUGAGCGGUCAAUUUUCAAUGUUUUUCGAUUGCUGUUAUACGAUUCCCUUUUCGUUCUUGUUUUACCUAAACAAUGUCAUUGUGUACUUAACUAGGUAUAAUAUUAUAUUGCCGGGGGAAACGUCUGACGCAGUAGUAGGGUGUAAAAUAAUAAAUCGAAAAGGGCAGUCGGCUACUUUUAAAGGAGCGAGUAACUCUGAAUGUGGAAGAAACGCUUCCGGUCGUCAGAAAAAGAAAAACAGUUAAAAUAACUUACUCAAUGUUUAAUAUGGCUCUACUUAUCUUACACACCUUUUUUAUAAAUGAGAAGACACACACACUCAAGCCCAUGUCAUGUAUAUAAAGCAAUAAGACAAUGUUUUCACCAUAGUUGUUCCUUCAAUAAACGACGAUCUGCUGGA